AGAAGAUCAGUAAACAUUCCAAUCGUGAUUCCACCUGCUUGUCGAAGAUGGCCGCCGAGUAGCGCCAACCACCACACAGUCGAAAUUGCAACUGAUUGACUUGUUGCCAAAGCAGCUGUGGAUUGCAAUGAGAAACACAGAAGCUGAUGAUAAAUGCUGAUGUAAGGUAAGUAUGGAGGAAGAGGAUGUUUAUGUCACUCAGCUCAGGGAUGUGUUUGAAAGCUGUGACUUGGAAGGCAAGGGAUAUCUGGAUCGCAGUGAAUUGAUUGAUUUAUGCCAGAGGUUGCAACUUGAUGAUCAGAUACCAGCAAUUCUUACUGAAUGUAUUGGAGAUCAAGUUAGUGAUGGACAGGUCAAAUUUGAAGUCUUCAAAGAUGCAUUUGUUGCGGUAUUGUCACAUACCAUUGAUAGUUUGGCAGAGGCUACAGAGGAAGAUCGAUCUGAAUUUUCAGACAUCAUAGACACAGAGUCAGAGCCGUAUAAAGUAUUCAACAAUAAAAAGUAUGGGAGAAAAUCUAAAACUGGAAGCUCUCUUGAUGACACAGUUCAAAGCGAUGGGGAUUUGGAAGUGGCUCAAAAACGCAGAAAAUCAACUGAAAUCGCUCCUAAAGCUCACAAAUCAUUGGUCAGGAGGUCAAGCUCUAGGUCAUUAUCACGGAAACUAAGUAAAAGAAGCAGUGGGGGUCUGCCUGCUGCUCUUCGUCGAAAACUCUCUACGCCACCAGAAGAAAGAGGUGGUCUAGGAAGGGAAGAGGUUUUAGAAGGAAGUGGUGCCAUGGAUUCCGUGUUAAAUGCAGGCGAGGUUGCUGAAGAAGAUAUGAUCUCCUCUGAUGAUAUUGAGCAGCUUAAAGAGAUAUUUGAUGAGUUGGCUGUUGGAGUCAGUGGGUACUUAGAUAUGCAAGAGUUAGCUAUAGUGUGUGAGCACAUUGGCAUGGAAAACAUCCAAGAUCAGGAACUAGAGCUUCUUUUCAAAGAACUUGAUCAAAAUGACGAUGGCCUAGUGAGCUUUGACGAGUUUCUCCAUGGCCUAUUUUUGGCCACAAAGCACCAAACAUCUCAAGACGUUUCUGUUGAAAGUCCCAUCGUACCAGUUAACAACAACAACAACGUCGAGGUAGAGCCUCAGAUGGCAAACCUCCAGCCAACUGUUUUGUCUCCGAGGGGCAACAGAAGAACUUCUAGUGUUGACGACAGCAGAGUUGCAAAGAAAGUCGAUAUUCUCAGUUUUCUGGAUCAUUCAAACACUGGCUGGAGCAAGAAGGAAAGCGUUGAAGAAUAUCUCAAUUCUCUUGGUCUUUCAGACGUGAAAGGUAUUUUACGGCAAUUACAACCCAAUGCGGAAGGUGAAAUCAAUUUGAAAGACUUGACAAAGACGCUUGAGUCAAUGGUACACGAAAGAGGAGACACUGUUUCAGAGGCCGUUUUGCAAGCAUACCUGCAUGAAAUCAACCAUUUAAGAGGAGAACUCGAGUCGGUGACGUCAGAAAGGAAUCAACUGAAAGGAAGUGUGAGCAAGUUUGGAGUGGACAGCUCGAUGCUCAUAAGAGAAAGUGAGGAACAGACGCGGCAAGUCGAGCAGCAAUAUGAGAAAAAGCUAAAUCAGCAAGAUAAAGUUUACAGCGGAAAAUUACAGCAAAAGGAACUAGAAUGGCAAUCGGAUCAAGCUCAGUUGCGAUCCUCGUUUUCAAAGGAAAAGGCUGAACUAGAGGUUCAGUUGAAGAGUGCUAAGCUUGAGGAGGGCAAAUUAAAAGACAAACUUCUGGAAGCCGAAUCAGAAAUCGAUCGGCUGCAGCAGCAUGUUUUAGACGUCAUUUCUGAUUUAGAAGAGGAGCAAAGAAAGACUCUUCGGCUUGAAAAAGAUCUGGAAUCAACUGCUGAUAUUCAAAAUAGAAUCAUCGAGCUGGAAGCGAGCAGAGAGAUGUUGCGUGACCAAUUUACAAGCCAAACACGAACGGUUACGGAACUGGAACAAAUAAAAAAGGAGCUACGUGAUGAAAAUGACGAAUUACAUGUUCAGCUAGAGAAUCUAAAAGCUCAAUUGAACACAAUGGGGAAAAAGAAACACAGAAGGCGGCAUACUCACAGCAAAGCUGAAGACGACAGUGUCAGCGAAAGGUCGAAGGGCAAAAGUCAUCGUAGCAAAGAGAGUCCAAAGGUCAGCAAGGUCGGGUCAUAUCUCUCUGAUUAUACGAAGCCAGUAAUUAUAAAGCGAAAUGAAGAAGGUGAAACAACAGAAGAAGAAGAAGAUGUUGAUAUGCAAAUGGUGGAUGAUGAUGAUGACGACAACGGGUCUCAAGAAUUCAAGAAAAAGAUUCGCGAGCAAGAGGCUAUAAUUAGCCGCCUUCGGGAAGAUCUUGAGAGCACACAGAAGAUGUUAGAAGGUGACGUAGGCGAGGCCAAAUUGAAAUACGAACGAGAUCUUCUAAGGCAUGAAGAAGAUAAGGCUGAGGAAAUUGCAGAGCUGCAGAGCAAAGUUGAUUUGGAGAAGAAAUUGCUAAUUGAUGAGUACGAAAUAAGGUUAAGCAAUAUGGAGGAAACAUACACUGCAGAGAAAGAUGCAAUCAUUUCUGGGUUCUUGAGGGAAAAAGAUGAGAUUCAAAGCCAGUCAGAUACAGAGAAAGUCGAACGAGCAGAGAUGCAGAAAUCAGAGAAAAAGAAGCUAGAAAACAUAUUCAAACAGGAGAAGGAAGAGACGGAUCUGAAAUACAAAUCAAAGGUCACCAAGCUUAAAGAGAAUAUUGUCAUUUUGGAGACAGAUAAGGCGGAAAUGGAACUGAAAUAUGUCAACGAAAAGGCGGAAAUGGAACAGCAAUUCAGGACAAAGGCUGCAGAGAUGGAGGUAAGGCUGGAUGCAACUAAAUUGGAAUUGCAACGUGCAGGAGAGGAAAUAGAGAGGCUCAAGGCCGAGUUAGCGAAAAGACAGCAGAGUAAUGGUUAUGAAAUUGAACGAAAGUGGAGAAAUGAAAUUAGUACGCUUGAGGCCGAGAAAGCUGAGCUGCAAAUGAGCUUUUUCAAUGAAAGGACUGAACUUGAGCAAAGUUUUAGAGCUCGGAUAUUAGAAUUGGAGCAGAAAUUGUCAGCUUCUUUGAGGGACAACGAGCAGGCCCAGGGUCAGCUACGAGUACUUGAGGAGGAGCUUGCCCAGAAACACAGUGACAAUGUAAAUGAUAUAGAGCGAAAAUGGAAACUGGAAAAGGGGGCUUUUGAGAGGGAGAAAUCUGAACUAGAGCUACGCUUCAUGAACGAAAUAGCAGAACUCGAGCAGAAAUAUAGAAUAAGCAUGUCAGAGGUUGAGCAAAAGUACUCCAGUGCGAAUCGAGAUUUGGAGAGAUCAAAGAAAGAAAUCGAGCUUCUUAAAGAAGAGCUGGCAAGCAAAUACGAGGGUGAUAUCAAUGAGUUGGAAAGAAAGUGGAACAAGGAAAAGGAAAGUAUGGUUGCUGAUUAUGAAGAUGAAAAGACGGAUAUUAUAAAAACACACAAGAAGGAAAUAAACGAGCUGAAAAAGUCGUUUAAUCAGCAGCUGUUGGAUUCGGAGAAGCAUUAUGUAAAGGAAAUUUCAAAUUUGAAGGAUGAACACAAGAGAGAGAAGAAGGAUAUGGAACUCAAGUUUGCUCGCGAUAAGAAAGAGUUAAGGGAAAGUAUUGAGGCUGAACACGAGCACGAAAUGGCUGUGAGAAUAUCAGAUACGAGAAAGCAAGGGCUGCAAGAAAAAUUGGAUGUAGAAAAGGGCCUAAACGAGCAAAAUAGAAAGUUGAGCCAGGAGUUGAAGCAAGCGAAAGUGAAUUUCGAGAAAGAGAUUCAAAAAGUUAAGUCAGAGAUGGAGAUUGGGUUUUUGGAGGAAAAGGCCAGGAUUGAAGAACAGCUCUUUGUUGAAAAAGACGGUGUGGAGGACCGUUAUAAAACAGAAAUUGCAGAUUUACAGAAAGCUUUUGAAGAACGAGAGGACGUAUUGAAAGAGCAGAUGAAGACUGAAUUCGAGGCUAUGAUUGAGACCCAGCUGGUUGAGCUGGAGAAAAAAUACGAAACCGAAAAAGAAGAUUUGCAAGAGCAUUUUGUGAGGGAAAAAGCAGAAUUAGAACUGAGCUGGCAGGUUGAGAAGGCAGAAAUGGAGGAGAAUUUCGACACGGAAAAGGCUGAGAUGGAGGAAGUGAUGCAGAGGACCAAAGAAGAGUUAUCUUUACGGUUUGGAAAACAGAAGGAGAAAAUGGAACUUGAUCAUAAGAAGGAGUUGGGGAUUUUGAAGAAGAAAACUGAAAGCGAAUUAAAUUCCAAAGUGGGCAGGGAGACUCAACUGCUUGAGAAAACUGUCGAACAUUUGGAAAAUGAACUUAACUCUUUGAAAGAACAGAAAAAAGAGUUAGAAACAAAAGUUCAGAGUUUGGAGUUAAAGCAACUAAGCCAGCUGCAAGAUGCAAACGAAAUAGGUGAAUUUAAAAAAGAGAAAUCUCUAAUGCAGGCUAGAAUAAAAUCGUUAGAAACGGAGAUUCAAAUGACAAACAAGGAGAGAAUCAUUUUAGAAAAGCAAAACAUCGAUUUGAAUCAGGAGAAGACGACAAUUCUGGAAAACAGCGUUAAAGAAAUAACGGAUCAACAAGAACAUCUUUAUAAAACCGAAGCAGAGAAAAAUCGCUUACAUACACAGCUAGUGAAUUUGAAAAAAGUUGAAACUGAUUUGAUAAACACGAGGGGAGAAAAUUCUAAAUUGCAAAAGCAAAUCGUAGAGUGCCAGAAAGAGCUAUCGGAGUUUGAAAAGUUGCGAUACGAUCUAAAGAAUCUUGAGAACACUGCGCGACAAUUAGAGUCGAGAAACAGGAGCCUGGAGACCGAGAAUCAAGAGAAAGACAUCAGCCGCUCGAGAAUGGAAUCAGAUUUGAAACACACGCAGGAUAAAUUGGAGAACAUGGAAAAUAUCCACAAAAAAGAGUUAGAAGCACAGAAGGAAAGGCUAAAUCUGACAACAACAGCAGCAGCUACAGAGAGAUCAAGAUAUUUACGAGAAAUUCAAGAAAUAAGGGAACAGCUGAAUCGCGCCACCGUAGCAAGCGACAGAGAUCAAGCUCUGAAGGCUAAAGUGUUCAAUGAUGCAAAAGCGGAAGUCAUUACUUUGAACAGAAAGCUCGAGGAAAAAGCACGUUACAUAAAGGAUUUAGAAAACCGCGAGAAAGGAUGGGACGCUCAGAUGGAGGAACUGAAGCAGGCGAAAAAGAAUUUGGAAAAUCUGCUGAAAGAAACGAAGGAAUCAUUGCAUGAAAAUAACGGAAAAUUUAGUAAGGAGAAACACCUAAUGGACGUCAAAUCAACGCGAUCCGAUAAUCUAGUUCAAGAGCUGUAUAUUGAAAAUGCGAACCUUACAAAGCAACUUUAUGAAGCAGACGCAUCUCAUCGAAAAACUGAAAAGCAACUGCGGCAGUUAGUAGAUCAAAAGAAGGCACUGCAAAGAGUUAUUUCAAAGCUUUGUGGGGCCCAUUCUCUAACAUGAUUCCAGUCAAUGAGACCGAAACAGGGAUGUACGUACCAGUAGACAUUUGUGAUAUUGUUUGGAAAAGUACACAUCUCUAGUUUUCAAACAAUUUUGACAAUUUAAGGCCCGCAGAGUAGUUAUCAUUUGAUGAGACUCAUAAUCCGAAACAUGUUCAGGUUGCGAUCAAGUGGUUCAGAAAGUAGGUUUUAUUAAGAUGCCCCUAAAAUGCACUACCAUCCCUAAUUUUAAAAGCUCCCCACCUUCCAAACGGAAAGGAUGCAAAGAUGCCAGUAGCUUGACGCUAAUCUGCUGAAUACAAAAUAUUCCACCCUUUGCUACCAAGUACAGCAUCAUACCAAAGCCACUAAGUUUUCCUUUUUGUCACUCUGCGCUCGAAAAGCCUCUUAAUUCAGCCUAAUUUGAUAUUUUCAUAUACAGGUUAACAUUAUUCAAUAGUUUUCUUGAAAACCCUUCAGUCAUCGGCUGUGUUCUCAUUGCCUGUGUUCUCGCCAGCUCUUUUGCAAUCCAGUUUUUUGCUUAGCAUUUCUGGUAUCCUCGUGUUUGUUUUCUUCUGCUGGUCAUUUCAAAGCCUCAAUAAAAACCCUCGUAUUAUAAAUCCAGAUCGUGCUGUAUUUUUAUUUGUAAAUAUUCAAAAGUAUUCCUGUUAGUCUUAUUUUUAGUAAAUCUAUAUUUUUAUCUUUUAUUAGUAUAUGUACGUUAUUUUGGCUUUAGGUUCUGUAGAUAUUUUCGUAUUGAUUUUAUUUUUCCAAAAAUUUUUAGUUUUGUAGUCUUUUAGAAGUUUCGUUCUCUUUAUUAAUUUCUUGCUCUUUGCCGAAUUUCUAAGAGGAUUAAUAGUAGUUUGCUAAAACAGGGCUAUGUUCUUCUAUUUUGAAAAUUAUAUGCUCAAAAUCGAUUUCGAGCAAAUCUGCUUUGAGGCCUGGGUAAAGAUCUUUUUCAGGCUCGGGUCAUCCUUCUUAAAUCAACUGUUCGUCAGAAUAGAAACAGAACUAAAAUUGAAGAAAAAAUACUUCAAACCACAUACCCUACUUUUUGAUCCCCAGCAGUUUGCUUUUCAGCAAUCUUACGUAACGGGAAAAAUGGCAGAUGUAGGACUUGAUGUUUUAUUUUAUUUUACCUUGAUAUAUUCGUUAUGAUUUGUACAGACAGUAGCUAUCAAGUUUGUGUUACAGCCUCAGUGCUCUGUAAUGUAUGUUUUAAGGUGAAAGAUUAUUAAACUGGCAGUCAGAAAAUCUUUUUGUCUUAUUUCUAAACAGCCUCUUUUUUCUGUGAAUCGUUGCCCUGGGUAUCAGAGCCUCAUGGAUCCGGGGAUAACGAAUUUGUAGAUGAUUAUUUUUCUGCGAUGACUAUGUUUCGAACUGUAGUUCUGAGCCUAAAUAAUGGAGACUUCAGAGUCAGGGAAACGUCAUGGCCCA